AUGGAAAAAGAUCGCACCAGGGACAAAGGGAUCCAAGUGAUCAAGGAGUUUUACUGUAGUAUAUGCACCGACACCUACCCCAUAGACAGGUGGGUGUCGUGCGGUUGUGACCAUAGAUUUUGCGCCGACUGUAUGACCGGACACCUGACGACUAAAAUUAACGAGAGCCAAUUGGAGGGAGUGGCAUGCCCAGGGUACCGGUGCUCACGUCCAGCGCCCCACCACCUUGUUAAAAAGUUGGAUCCAGAUAAUACUAUCUAUGAGGGAUACGUAACUUUAUCAUUAAAGACUUGGAUUAGGGACGCACCCGAUGUUCACAAUGUGGGAUCCACCAAAUUAAAUUAA